UAUAAGACUCCAUGUCAGCAUUUGAGUAAAUUAACGAUGAUAACAAAGAAAAUGAGGAACAGGAAAAAAUGCAGCUGACGUUAAAGCCUUCUUUUACUGGGUAGUUUUCUUUUGCUACAAAGCAAGGUAAUAAUUUUCAUCAUAAAGCUGUUACUUAUCACUAUCUAUACCUAAAGACCCUAUUUUAAAACAUAAAAUGUUAGAAAAGGAAAUAAAAAUAAUGCACACAGAAGUGCUUGCAGUCAAAACUCCAAAAGAUGAAACAGAAGGAAAAACAAAGAAGAAAUCUUUUUUCCAUAUAGACAAAGAAAUGCUUAGGUUUAAAAUCCAUUUCUUCUUAUUUAUCGGAGGUACAGCCUCAGUAAACCCAUUCAUCCCAGUUGUUGCGAAGAACAGACUCGGUCUUUCUGCAACUUCUCUAGCUGCUGUCUUGGCUGCUCAACAAUUAAUUACAAUUGUUUCGAAGCCAAUAAUUGGUUACAUUGCCGAUUACUUCAACAGGCUCAAACUGAUGAUUAAUACACUGCUCAUUUUGCAAAUAGUUUUCCUGUUUUUAAUUCUCGCCGUUCCUCACAUCAAAAAACCCUCCGACUCAUCACAGGAAUUAACAUUAUACGAUCAAUUAGAACACUUCAAGAAAUCUUCCGAAUCAGUGAUUCUCACAGCCCGGUAUUACCCUGACAGCAGAAACUCAUCCAGUCAAAUUACCUCUCCAAACUCUCCAGAGGAAAAUGGAAACUCGUGGAAUGAAGAUAACAGCACAUUCUCAGAAAUUACGUGUUUACAACAAAUUAAUUUGACAUCAAUGAUCUGUUUUCAGAAAGACAUUGACGUAGAAAUAAGCGAUUUCAACCAUGAAUCUGAGUUAAAUUUCAGCUGUUUAGUUAAUUCUUUUAGUGCAGACAUCUUUAAUGAACAUUUUCAACAGUGUAACAAAAAGUUGCAUUUUCGUUUGCUAGCAUUAGAUUCUAACUAUUCUGUCUAUCAGAAAAACAAGACUUUUCCUUGCACGAUUUCACUCACGAAAGAUCACGAUAAUUCUAGUAUCUCAACAAUAAGUGACUUUCACACUUAUGAAUUUUGGAUAUUUGCUGUUGUCAACAUUCUUGCAGGUAUAUGUACCAGUUCAGUUUUUACACUCUCUGAUACAGCUUGCUGUGAGAGUGUGCAGAAGUUAGGGGGAGAAUUCGGGAGACAAAGAUUGUUUGGCGCAGUUGGAUGGGGGGCAUUGGCAGCUAUAAGUGGAUAUUUAUGUGACCUAACUGGUAACUAUUAUGCAUCUUGGACGUUUAUGGCAGUGCUGCAAAUACUGGCUUUGUGGAAUGUUUCUCAAUUAGAUCUCAUUAAGCCACAUUUCUCACAGAAUCUUCUAAAAGACGUUGGUAGAGUUCUAAAAUCUUUAGAAUUCGCUGCAUUCGAAUUUGGAGUCUUGUUCAAUGGAAUAGGUGCAGGUUUACUGUGGUUUUACUUAAUAUGGUUUGUUUCAAGUUUAGGAGCCAGUAAAUUCCUCUGCGGAUUGACACAGUACGUUGAAUGCUUUCUUGGCGAGAUACCUUUCAUGUUUUUUUCAGGCUGGUUCAUAAAGAAAUUAGGACAUUUUAAUCUCCUUUCACUUUCCCUCAUAUCUUAUGCUUUGCGCUUUUUAUGGUACAGCUAUCUGCAAAAUCCAUGGCUCAUUCUUCCUGCUGAAAUUACGCAUGGUUUUACUUAUGGAACUCUUUUUCCUGCUAUAGCAUCGUAUGGGAAAAUGAAAGCAAAACCUGGAACAGAGGCAACAACACAAUCAAUUCUGUUUACGACACAUGGAGGCUUAGGUGCAGGUCUUGGAUGCAUUUUGGCAGGCAUUUGCUUUGAUAAAAUAGGACCUCAUCAAACUUUCUUCUACUUCAGCAUAAUGUGUUCUUGCGCUUCCGUCCUUAAGAUUGUGCACACCUUCUUAUUCAAACGUCACAACACUGAUAAACUUAGUUUGUCAUCAGGAUCAAUCGCUACGUGAUUUAUGUCAGUGUCUCUGCUUAGCCAAGAUGAGUAAGAAUCAUUGUUCAAAAAUCUGCAUAUUACGUCACAGAAUUAGCAAGCGUUUGACGUGUGGUUUAACGGUUUGAUCAAUGGAUAAAACAAUUACCCUUAUCGCACCCUAAAAUCUUGCCUCGUUCUAUUUUUAAAAUAUAUUUUUUUCAUAGUUAUAAAGGUCAAAUUUUAAAUGCUACUAUUCUUAUUAUUUUGCAUAUGUUGAAAGCAAAUGUCGAGAGAACAAAUAUCUUUAAAAAAAACUUUUUCACAUAAGCAUACUUUAAAUAAUUAUGCAAUAAAAAAAAGCAUUUUAUGCCUUAAAAUCAACAUAAAAAAAG